UCUUAAUUUAAAAAUGGAAAAGAAAGAAGAAACCUCAGGCUCUAAGAGAAAGCACAGUGACCCCCCUGCCGGCUCAAAGCGUCAAAAGACCUCAGAAGAAGACCACAACUCUGAAGAGGAAAUUAAGAAGGAAGAAGCAGAGGGAGAGGAAUACCAAGAAGCCGAAGGGGAAGAAUAUAGAGAAGCUGAAGGAGAUGAUGGUGAAGGCGAAGAAGCUGAAGGAGAAGAAGGCGAAGGUGCAGAUGAUGUAGAAGGUGAAGGAGCUGUAGAAGCUGAAGGAGAAGGAGAAGGGGAGAAAGAGGAUGAAACAGCAGAUAAGAAAGAAAAUAAAGAAGAAGACAAAGAGGGAGAUGAGGCUAAUGAUGGAGAAGCGGAUGUGAACCAAGACGAGGAGGAUAGUUUUGAUUCUGAUUUUGAUGAUCCUGAAAGUGAAUCCCAUCAUGAAGACAAAGACUUUGAUGAAGAUGCAUACCUUAAAUGGAGGGAGCAAGAUGAACAGAGGGGUUCAAAGGAAUAAGAUUUCCAAUUUAAAUUCCUUU